UUCCGUGCCCAUCGAAUUAAAAAGGAAAAUGGAAAAAGAAAAGUGUUCUUAACUUUUUGUAUUAAGUUAAAUUGCAAAGUUUGAGAACUCUAAAAAAAUUUUCUGGGAAUUGUUUAAAUCUUAUCAGCUAAAUUCUCUCUCUAGCUGGAAUCUAGGCUUCGGUAGAGAAUCAUCGUUGCUUCCAACGCGUUCGGCGAAAAAAUGGGCAGUGUGAGUUUGGAGCAUUACAGUCUUCUGAUGGAGAAAUCUCUAACUUAUUCUUGGUGGACCAAGAAGAAGAGAAGUUUUAGAUUGUUCAAGUCCAAAGGUUCUACCAGUAGGAGGGGAGAUGAUGAGGCCUGGACGAGCUCCAAGCCUGCGAUAUCGAGAGUCUAUUGUAGGAAAAGGAAGCAUUCCGUAGACGAUCACGAUUUGGCGCUUGAAACCAACGACAAAAGAAGCAGCAAAGAUGUGAAACGCUCUGAUGAUGAUAUCAUGCUAAGUGAUUGGAUUACUAGGCGGAGGAACACCGUGGAAAAUAGGGAAGAAGAAGUUGAUGCUAAAUCUGAAGAUGAGGAUGAUUGCACAAUAUUAGAGAAUCAGAGUUCUAGAAAAAAGUUCUACAGACGCCAGGUAGAACUUGAAGAAGACCUGGAAUGGGAAAAAGAAGUUAACCUGAUUUCUAAGAUGAAGGAGGCAUCAUCCCGACGAAGAAGGAAAGCUUCCAACAUUCCUGAAAAUGACACAGAGUGUAAGGAACGCAAUCCAAUUUGCCACCAGUGCUUGAAAGGGGCAAGGGUAACUCUUCUCAGAUGCAGUGAAUGUGAAGACACCAUGUACUGUCUUCAAUGUACAAGGAAAUGGUAUCCAGAGUUACCUGAGGAUGAUGUCGUUGACAAAUGCCCUUCCUGCCGCAAAAACUGUAACUGCAGCAGAUGCUUGCAUUUGAAUGGUUUAAUCAAGACAUCGAACAAGGAACUCUCAAUUUCUGAAAGACGCCAUCAUCUCCAAUACUUGAUUUCACUGAUGCUUCCAUUUCUGAAAACAAUAUCUGAAUCCCAGAGUGAAGAGAUUGAAAUUGAGGCAAAAGUUCAAGGAAUACUGCCAUCUGAAGUUGAUGUAAAUAGGGCAGUAAGCUACUGUGAUGAACGUGUAUACUGUGAUCAUUGCGCAACUUCAAUCGUUGACUUGCACCGGAGCUGCCCAAAGUGCUCUUACGAGCUUUGUCUGAAAUGCUGCCAAGAGAUUCGCCAAGGAUCGAUCUCUGAACGCCCUGAAAUAAAGUUACACUAUGUUGACAAAGGAUACAAGUAUAUGCAUGGUCUAGAAAUGGAGCCGAGCUCCUCUUCUGUAUCUGAGGAGGACGAAGAAGCUAAACCAUCCCCCCAGUGGAAUGCUGGCGCCAACGGAAGCAUCACUUGUGCACCAAAAGCACUAGGUGGUUGCGGUGAAUGUACGUUGAAGCUUCAGCGAAUCUUACCGCGGAUGCGGAUGUCAGACUUGGAACAAAAGGCUGAGACUCUCUUGGCAUCGUACAUUAUAAGCCUCCCUAGAGAAUUGAACUGUAAGUGCUCUGCCUUGGAGACAGAUAUGAGAAGGAAAGCAGCUUCGAGGAUGAGAUCAAGCGACAACUACUUGUUCUGCCCUGAUUCAAUUGAUGUCUUGAAGGAAGAAGUGCUUCUGCAUUUCCAAGAGCAUUGGGCAAAAGGUGAACCGGUAAUCGCCAGGAACGUUCUUGAUAGCACACCUGGUUUAAGCUGGGAGCCGAUGGUUAUGUGGCGAGCUUUAUGCGAUUCAUCAACAUCAAGUUCUAAGAUCAUGUCUCACGUCAAAGCAAUUGAUUGUUUAUCUCAGUGUGAGGUGGAUGUGAACACUCGUGACUUCUUUGAAGGUUACAGCAAGGGAAGAACAUAUGAAAACUUCUGGCCUGAGAUGUUGAAGCUAAAGGACUGGCCUCCUUCCGAUAAAUUUGAAGAUCUUUUACCUCGCCACUGUGACGAGUUCAUAUCCGCAUUACCUUUCCAAGAAUAUAGCGACCCUAGAACUGGGAUUCUGAACAUUGCAGCAAAGCUUCCUGAAGCACUCAUCAAACCGGACCUGGGUCCUAAGACUUACAUUGCCUAUGGGAUUCCGGACGAGCUCGGUAGAGGCGAUUCCGUGACCAAGCUUCACUGUGAUAUGUCUGAUGCGGUUAAUAUACUGACGCAUACGGCUGAGAUAACGUUAAGUCAAGAACAGAUAUCUGCAGUUAAAGAUAUAAAGCAGAAACACAAGGAACAGAACAAGUUCGAAGAACGUGGCUAUGGUGUUGCAUGUAGCCAAGAGGAAGAAGAAAUGAACAUGACAGAGAUUCUAAGCCAUGAAAAGGAUGAAACGGGAAGUGCUCUUUGGGACAUAUUUAGGAGAGAAGAUGUUCCCAAGUUGGAAGAGUAUCUGAGAAAACAUUUUAAAGAGUUUAGGCACGCUUAUUGUUGCCCAGUCACAAAGGUUUAUCAUCCGAUACAUGACCAAUCAUGCUAUUUAACCGUUGAGCAUAAAAGAAAACUCAAGGCGGAGUUCGGUAUAUGGAUCGAACCAUGGACGUUUGUGCAAAAGCUAGGAGAAGCCGUGUUUAUUCCUGCCGGCUGUCCUCAUCAAGUUCGGAAUCUGAAGUCGUGCACAAAAGUGGCAGUAGACUUUGUAUCACCAGAGAACAUUAAAGAGUGUCUGCGUCUGACAGAGGAGUUUCGCCAACUUCCGAAGAACCAUAAGGCCAGAGAGGACAAACUUGAGAUAAAGAAGAUGGUGAUCUAUGCGAUCGAGCAAGCUCUCAUAGAACUUGAGACGUUACCAGAAGAGUCCAAACCAAUGGCCCAAUAGUUGAAGGCAGCUUUUGUGUGACAUCUACAAAGAGAUAUUUUGUUGUGCCUUCAAUGUGUAGGAUUCUCGGGUCCCGUAUACAUAUUAGAAAGAAAGAAAUACUUUCAUGGAAAUGUCAACAUAAGUCACCUUUGGAUUUUUCGUCUUCGUUUUCAUGAACUUCAUUGGAUUUUCUAAUCAGAUAAGCACAUUGACA